AUGGAUGGUAUUGGAGAUAACACGGUUGGUUGUGUGACAGAUAAUACGGCAGCAAAUAAGAAGGCUUGGAAGGAGUUGGAACAAAAGUACCCAAACCAUUUCUUCCACGGCUGUGUGUGUCACAGACUGAAUCUUUUCGUCAAAGACAUCUUUGGAGCCAGGAAAAAGAUACCUGAAGGCGGUGGCCCUGCUCAAUAUCCAGAUGGAUACAUAUUCGAAGACCUAUUACUCUUUACCGCUGACUGCAAGGACAUUGUUUCGUUUUUCCACCACCCCCAUGCUCCCAUGGCUAAUCUGCCGAAGGCGUAG